GGGUCUGGCGAUAGCGCGAGAAAUGCAAUGACUUUAUUAGCAGCGUACCGCACACUGCCAGUCACGUUGAAAUCUUAUUUGCGUGAUGGAUGUUUGAUGUGCAGGUCCAGACUUGAGUGCUCGGUGCAAUUGCAUUUUUCAUUGUGUAUCCAUAGAUGGGUUGGACAAUUAUUCUGUCACCUUUAGACAGUGAAGUUCGGUUGUGUCGUCCACUUAGUGAGCGAUGUUGGAAAUAAGCGUGUCUUCUAACAUCCAUUCGGAUCAGUCAGCAGCUUAGAGUACGCGGUUCGUUAUAAAUAGAAGUGCACACAAAAGAGAGAUGGCCACACAAGACAACGAUGCAGCUUUUGACAGGAUUAUGGAAUCGGUUGGAGACGAUGGACCGUUCCAAAAGCGAUACAAUUUAAUAUUCAAUGUUAUUGGAGUGAUGUUCUUUGCCAUGACGGUAGUGAAUGUUCUGCUGAUAUUGACCGUACCGGAGCACAACUGCUCGGUUCCGGGAAAGGACCAGUACAAUAUCAGUGGCAUCGAACGAUGGAGAAAUCUGACUCUGCCGAGAGAGCUGAACAGCCGAGGCGAGUUGGGCUACAGUUCGUGCACAAUGUACAAUAUUUCAAAGUACCCGAUAGGGACGAACCCUAACGAGUGGGCGUUUGAUGUAAAUGAUACGAUACCGUGCAUCUACGGAUACGAAUACGAUCGGCAAUACUUUGAUUUGAUACCAAUAACGGAACAAAAUUGGGUUUGUGACAAGGAGCUGUAUGCAACAAAUAUUUUUGCUUUCAUUCGAUUUGCGGAAGUUAGUGGAACGUUUAUACUAGGACAGCUGGGAGAUCGGAUAGGUCGGCUUCCCGUAUACCUGAUCAGCAUAGCAGCGGCUGCCAUCGGGAGGACCUUCGCAGUAUUUGCGGCGCCACACUACUGGCUUUUCACCGGUUUGGCGUUCCUGGGAAGCUGUGCCUCCAACACAGGUUUCCAGUCGCCACUAAUCGUGGCGAUGGAAAUUUCCAAAGCUGAAAACCGCGCCGCACUGUCGAUGUGGCAACUGUUUGGCUGGACAACUGGAGUCUGCGUACCUCCGCUGAUCCUGUGGUGGAACCGGGACUGGAUUUGGUUCAUGUUGAUAACAUCAGUACCUUGUUUCCUGUUCUUUUGUAUGCCAAUGUACAACAUAGAGUCACCACGAUGGCUUGCAAGCCAAGGACGUUACCGAGAUUGUAUUCGACAGUUGAAGAAAAUAGCCAAGGUAAAUGGAACCAGAUUCCAACUGACGGAAGACUCACUAAAAGAGAAGGUACCAGUAAAAGAGAUAGAGAAGACAUUCGGAAUUGCUUCGUUGUUCAGUGGCUGGCACAUGACGAAACUAACAUCCUUGCUGUUGAUUUGCUGGAUUUGUAACAGUAUUCCAACGUUUACGCUAUUCUUAUUAAGUUUGCAAAUGGGAGGAAACCCAUUCUUGAACUUAUUUUGGCAAGGAGCCGUUGAGUUACCCGCGUAUUUUUGUGGUCAGUUAUUGUGCGAUCGGAUAGGACGCAGACUUACUAACAGUAUAGCUUUCAUUGGAUCUAUCGUAUUCUGUAUUCCAGUCAUCUUGAUAAUCCACCACAGCGGAAACGAACUAUACGUAACAGUAUUUGCAGUCGUUAUUAAGUUUUUCGUCUGCUUGAAUUACUUUGCAUUGUAUCUGCAAUCGUUUGAAGUGUAUCCAACGUCACUGAGGCAAACUGGAACUUCAUUCGGUAUCAUAAUAUCCAAUAUAUUUGGUGCUCUCGGUCCAUACAUAGUGUAUUCUGGCACAAAUUAUGAUAUCCGACUGCCAUUUGUGGCUAUGGGCCUUAUAGGGCUGAUAGGAUUUGUUAUUUCGAUUUAUCUACCGGAGACGCUCUACCAAAAGCUUCCUGAUACUAUGGAAGAAGGACGACGAUUUGGUAAAGACCAAGCUUUUUGGAGCCUGCCGAAGAAGCCCAAGAAGCUAUAUACGGAAGAAGGAACUAAGCUUCGCCCGUAUGAAUCAAUAGCAUAUGAAUCUCAAACCGAAUAGUAUGACGGAAUGAUACAUGUGAUUUAGAUAUAAUUCAAGGUACCAAAAAUAAAUGGCAAAGUAUUGAAUAAAUAUGUAUAUCAUAGAAAAAUCAU